UAUUUCAGUUAUGUAACAAACUAGUGACAGAUUGAUUUGGAGAAUGGAUGUUCUAAAAACUUUUUUAGAAUCUUGUAUUGAAGAAGUAUCAUUAAAUGGGAGAUGUGGAAGUAGUUUGAAAGCCGAAUCAUGGGAUAGAAUUAAAGAUGUUUUGGCGACUACACAUAACUUUGUAGCUACACAAAAGAAGAUGAAGAACCAAUAUGAUUAUAUAAAAGAAAAAUAUCAAGCUUGGUUGCCACUAACUAAAAAGACAGGCAAUAUUUAUGAUCCAACAACCAAUACCAUUCAAAUGUCUAAUAGUGAGUGGGAAGAAUAUAUAAAGGUUCAUCCAAAAGCAAAGGUACAGAAGAGAUCACCACUAGCCUUUCCAGAACUUUGUACAACACUCUUUGAGAGUCCUACUGCAAUAGACAUUCAUAGUUGGAGUUCAUGUAGUACAACUCCGCGACCAGGUGCCUCUUCUGCAUCUCCUAAUAUAGAUCUUGAUGAUUUACAAGAUCUAUUUGAUGAACAAAAUGAAGAAGCUUUUAAGAUUUUUCAUCUCAAUCUUCAAUUUCAAUUGGAAAAAAGAAUAUGGGAAAGAAAAGGAAAAAAACAUCAUCUCGAUUGGAAAUUGAUGAGAAAAUAAGUACCGCAUUAGAAUUAUUAAUUAAUAAAAAUAAUGCACUUGAAGUUGAGGAAUGUAUGGAAAAGUUAGAUGGACUUGGAUGGGGAGAUCCAUUGUACUCUGCUGCUGUUAGCAUACUCUAUGAAGGUGAUAGCUAUCGAAAAGCAUGGAUGAAACUAACAGAGACUGAUAAAUUAGAGAAUUGGAUUAAAGUCAUGGGGGAAAAAUGAGUAUUCUUUAAUUUUGUAAAUUACUAAUAUAUUUAUUAGACACAGAGAUUUCUAGAAAUCUAGUUUUUAUGUUUUUUAGUUAAGUUUUAUAAUAAUUUUUGAAGCUUUGUAAUGCUAUAUGUGAUGCUUAUGAAACAUGUUUGUUGGUGAACAACAUUGUUUUUACGUUUUGCUAUGUUUGAGGAGUAUAAAAUUCUUAUAAUCACUUUGUUAUUGUUAUAUGUAAUUCCCAAUCUUACAAAA